AUGAUCAAGGACUUUGCAAAUGGGUUGCACAGCUUUCUCCUUGACUGGGAAUUUGCUGUAUGGGUCACAUUAGAGGGGGAAUAUGACUUGGGUGGCACAGGGACAGUCCCCUUCCUUUCAGUGAAUAUCCUUUGCCAACUCAAGGAAGCCAUCACUAAAAGUGGAAAGACUAAUGUCCCAUCAAUCUGGAAAAGUGCCUCUCUCGCCUGUGUAUUCAUCAAUCACCCUACUACUAUACACCAUACAUUUGCAGAUGAUAUCAAAUCCCUGUUCUAUGUUUUCAUCUGGAUCCUCAUCCUUUAUGAUGGGCCACUUGGCCAUGAGCAUCAAGAUAUCAGCCAUGAAAAGACACUUCUUGGCUUGUGGAGUGAAAAGGCAGCCAAAGAUCUCAAAAUUGCCAGAUGUGCCAAGUUCACAUUCCUUAAUGACCUGUCCAAAUCAAGGCUGGAUUCUGAGGUCUCACAAUAUUUUCAAGAUCUAAUCCCUCUGGCUAAUGAGUGGUGUGUAUUGCUUGGGUGGUCCCUGCUGAGUGGAACUGCAGUGCAGUUCUCCAACAUUAUCUCCUUUUUUGAUCAUUUCUUGGCCAGCAUGCCAUAUGAGAAACCACUGGAGAUGAUGAAUGCAUUCCAGCAGAUCAUCACCCAGCACAAAGUGCUUAAUUCAAGCAUGCAUCUGAGUCAGGAGAACAAUAUGGAUGUUAUGUCUUUGGCAAUUAUGUCUUCUAAAUGCUGUUGUGGAGAGAAAAAGGGUGGGGGCCACAGUGCUGGCCAGAAUGCAAAACCAAAGUCCAAUGUCACCCCACCACCCUAUGCACCUCCCAUUGUGAAUGGUCCUAGCCGAGCUGAUAUGCCUCCAAAUCCUGUCCCUCAGUCUUCAACAGCAGUAGCAACACCUGUCUUCCAUCAGCACCCCACAGACUCCCAUUGCUUUGGUUUUAGUGUUCCAGCUCAACAGCCAGGUCAUAUUGUGCCUCCCAGGAUGGAACCUGACCUUCAAGUGCUCAAUAAUCCUUAUAUUGCCACAAUUUGGGGAGACCAAGUUCCCAGUAAUACAUCUCAUCUGCCAACACCCCAGUCUCGGUUUAUCCCCCACCAGCCACCUGCUACUGUCCCUGACUCUUACAAACUUUGGCAACUGCUGAUGUUCACCACAAGAGUUCAGGAGAAGCUGUCAUCAGAGGGCUCCUCAGAAGAGGAGUCAGAGUCCUCAAGUAAUAACCCAUUGGAUGCAGAGGCUGGUGAGGUCUCCAGUGAUGAGUCCAACAAAGAUGAGGACAAUGCAUUUGGAUGGGGUGCAAUGAAUCUUAGGCAAUCAACUCAUCCUGGCUUCUCCCAAGAAACAAUGACAAGCAAUCCUAUUUGCCACAAUUCCUUACCCCCUGACCAUGAGUUUCACUUACAAUCCAAGGACAAGGCUCAGCCAGAGGGUUCCCAACAUGGCACCAUCAUCAACAUUCUUGAACACCACCAUCACACUAAUGGCCAUCCUUCUGUUCCCAAUCAUGAUCUUCUGACCCUUGCACAUGACUCAGUCAACAAAGUAUCUCAACAUGCCAGAGCCCCUUGUAACUCCAAGAAAGUCAAGGAUGAGGGCCCAUUGCCUUCACAACUGAGAUUUUACAAGGCAGUAUGGAAGGACUGUCUUGAAGAUGCUAAGCAAGAAUGCAGGGCUGCACAUGCACUUUCUAACCUGUUCCCAUUGAAAUCUCAUGACCUCAACCUCUCCAUAACAGAGGUGCUCAUCACUGUCAUCAUUGAGUGGAAUCAACAUGGUGUGCAAUUUGAAGAUGGUUACUGGCCUGACCACAAGCAAGAUAUGGCAUGCCUCAUAAGUAGUCCUCUCCUUGGUGAUAUAUCUACCUGGCAUUCAGAAUUGAAGUCAGUUACACUGGCAACCACACCAUCUGUGUUCAACCUUAUCUGUCCUUCUGAUGUUGCACCACAGGGAAAAACCAGGAAUUUUGCUCACCCUGCCCUCAAGGAAGCUGUCAUACAAUUCUACUAUACCAGGACCUAUCAAAUUGUGGAUAAGCAUCCUGAGUCCUUCAACAAUUCAGUUCCCCUUUCCUGUCUGGCUCUUGUUGCAGCUGUGUAUCAUUGUGUGUUGGACAGAUUUGCGAAGAACAGCACAGGAAAGAUGAUGCCUCAAUUCUCUGGCAAGGCUUACAAUCUGAACAACAUCCUUUGUAAUCCCUAUCAUGGCAUGAGGUUGUGCAAUCAGCUUUCUCAGUGGGUGAAGGAAGGAUGGGCUGCACUGCAAGAGGUUGAUUUGAAUGUAGAGAGGUACCAGCACAUUCAGGCAGUCCUUGAUUGA